AUGGAGAAAUUACGAAAACAGGCCCGCGAUGCCCUGCUGCGCGAUCCGGGGAAUCUUCCAUCUUACCUUCCCGCAGCGGGUGCGGCCGCAAAAAAAGAUCUUUACCACCUGUGGCAGAACGUCUCGGCCCACGAUAGCAGCACCCAUCUGAAUAUAUGCGAGUCUCUUCUUACGGCAAUUGAAUUCCUCUCAGCUUGGGAUCAGUUAUUGCCGAAUGACGGAGGUCCCAAGCCGCUGGAAGGAAACGAAGUCGAGGCUGUGUCCAACUUGUUCAGAUGGGCCAGUAGCCUUGCUCUGCCGACACCAGCAUUCGCAGUCAACUACGGUGACAAUGCAGAGAUUACCGACGAACUUAAAACAGCCCAAGAAGAAUCCCGCCGGAGAUCAGAACUGGCCAUCACGCUGAUUCUCUCGCUCAACAAACCAUUGCCAGGUCUACGAGACCGCUCGGUGGCCAGCUCGCCAGAUGUCAUUCUGGCAGUGGCUAGCUUUACCUCAAGGGAAGAUCCAUGGACCACGGAAGACUCCUUCAUGGAAGCCGACAUGCAUCUUAGUACGAAGAACCCUGCUAUCACGAGUGAGGGCCGAAAGAAUCUUCAUCCUGUGCCGCCGACACGCUUUGACGGAAGCAGUCUGGACGACAGCACCCGGCCUUGGAAGAACACCGACAUAUAUGCGGCAUCUGUGUUGUCGUGGAUUAUCUCACAAUACGAGCCCACUGGCAAGGCAGAGCUCGAGGCACACUUCCCUCUCCUUGUGCCAGCCAUCCUGGCUAUGAUAGAUGACAGCAGCAUCCACUUCAAGACGACUGGCUUGAAACUAUUUGCUCAAAUUUUGAAGCCAAUUCAAGAAAGCGGCUCUGACAUUCUCCUGCGCACGAACCUUGCCUCGGUUUUCCGAGACGCCAUUACACCAUGUCUCCUCUCUCUCCCAUCCAUCACUCCGGAAGAGAGCUCCUUGAGGAUUCUGGGAGCAGCUUAUCCAGCACUUCUCGCCCUCUUCAAGACAGCGUACAAAGCUUCCAGGAAACAACUUCAAUCCAAGGAAGACGAAUACACCACCAGCCUCUCGACCAUCCUCCGAUCGAACCUCAUCUCCUCUUUUCACCACAUCAGCUCUUCAUCCCCUAUCUCCGUGGCUACCUCGGCCUCAUUCCCACACCCUCGCCUAUCCACCUUCCUUCUCAACUGGAUAUGCAUCUUCGUCCAGGAGCUCGGAAUCCACACAAUCAAAUACCUCCAGGAAAUCGUCCCUCUGCUAUACCCGACACUUACGAAUCCUUUCGGCGCAGCUCGCCCCGAACUUCUUCUUUCCUCGGUAUCAGCCACCAAAGCCGUGGUCCUGAACGCCCAUCCCAGAAUCUGGAAAUGGCGUGGUGAGAUCUUAGCUGGGCUGACAGCGUGCUGGCUACACGUUGGGACCGAAACUAGGGUUAUGACAAGCCCCGUGCCAAUCAACGAGCUUUCUAAAUUGAAGCGCGAGCUGCAAGCUACUGUGUAUUUGUUGAAACAUGCUUUGCAGAAUCCAGUUGUGAUUGAAGGUGUUCAGGACGCUGAUCAGCUGGCGGCGAAAGAUAAUAUGGACAGGGAGCUAAAUGAGCUUGUUGUUGCUGAUGCGGAAUUAAAGGAUCUCUUACUGGCUGAUGCGAAAGCUUGA